AUGAGUCUUUUACGUUGUAAUAAAUUUCAUCCCGCAGAUUUAUUUAUCACCGCAAUCCACAUGGCGAAUAUUGGGAUCAACAUUAAUUUUACAGGAAUUAAAUUCAUCAAAUAUUGCGUCCAAUGUCAGUUGCAAUACAUUAUCGCACCAGGAAAUUCCCGUAAACCUUUUCAAACACUUAGCGCUGAAGCUUUACCAUGGAAUAUAAAAAUGUUUCACAAUUCCACUAAAACCGUGAGAGUUGAGUUUUCAUCAAGCAAACAACGUCAACUCACUCUCGAAUGA